UGCUCUGGUAGUUUAGGAUUAAUACUUUCAUGAAGAACAACAGUUGCUUUUGGUACAGCUCUGUUUUUUGCCUUUAAUCUUAAUGUAGGAAUUUUGUCUUGGGACUCUUAUGGCAUGAAGUAAAUAUUAAAUCUAAAGAUCUAACAGGAGAGAUUAUUGAAGUGGUUGUGUGUGUAUUGUAGUACUCAUAAAGAUUCUGCUUGUCCAUAGGUGAUUUUGGGAAUGGAUUCUUACAGGUAGAGUGAUAAAAAUGGUUUGCACCUGGUGCAUUUGUGAUCCAGUCUUACUGACCACGUCUGUACAUCCAGUCAGGUUUGGAUGUGUGUCCGACAGCUUGGAUGAAACUAUGGUUUUUUAAAAAGAAAUGUUAAAGGGAUUGAGUUUAUAUGCAAAAUAUGAAAGAGUUGAGUCUGAGGACUCAGAGGAUUUUAAAGGGAUUUUUGUUAACAGCACUUUGCUACAUGGCUUGAAUCCCAAGGUUUCUCCUGGUUUGUUUGGACAGAUUGACAGUAGAUAAUAACCAGGAAUGCGGCCUUUUCUUCUGCCCUUAUCUGCCCAGCUGCAGUAUCUUCUAUAGUAGUACUUGGUGUGUUUUUUUAUCAGAGGGUGCACUGUUGGCAAUGGUUUCACUGGGGAAGCUGCAUAUGCAAUCUGAGCACUGAUGUGGUGGAUAACUGGGUAUGAGGAACUUCUCCCAGGUAGUGCUACAUAUUUGGCCAACAACUGGUCGCUUUAUGUCCAGACAGACUUCAUGAUGCUAGCUUGUCUGUGAAGAUAUGCUCUUCUACUUUAGUGUUAACAGGUUUGAUUGUAAUUAGAAACAGGGGUUCCAGAUGCACUAGUAUGAAUUCAAAAAGUUGCUACUAGAAACAAACUUAAAGUCAAGAGAGAUGUGUGUUUCCUUCUAGUUACUGUCUUGUGAAGAUGGAAAAUUAUGCUGCUUCUGAAUUAUGAGUAAGUGAAUGGUCUAAUUUAGUCUUCACAUUUUAGUCCAUUUUGGAUGUGAUGGAUAACAAUUUCUCACCAUUCUUUUCUUCACUUGACCAAGCAGGCAUGCAGGCUGGGGAUCAUGAGAGUUGUCAUCCAACAAAUCUAGGUGCCAGUUUUAGAAAGAUGAAAGAAUGGCACUCAGAUCAGCGAUCAGGGAUGCAGCAGAGUUCUGAACUAUGAACAUAUUGUCUCUCUAAGUUGGUUGUACAUAUUUUUUAUUUGUACAUACAUUGUUUUGUAUAUACUGUAUAUGAUGACUUCAGUGGGCAGUGAACGGACUCGGGGCACUCGAGACAAAGCACAGAUUUCAGCCACGCAGCUGACACAACCACAGAAACCAGUAAUACAGGCAACAGCAGAACAAAUUCGUCUUGCCCAGAUGAUCUACGAUAAGAAUGAUGCAGACUUUGAGGAUAAAGUGAAACAACUUAUGGAAGUGACUGGGAAGAAUCAAGAUGAUUGCAUAGUGGCUCUACAUGACUGCAAUGGAGAUGUGAACAGAGCAAUCAAUAUCUUGCUGGAAGGGAGCUCAGACACAACUUCGUGGGAGACAGUGGGAGGAAAGAAGAAAAGUCUUGGAAAAGAGAGUUCAGAAAACAAAGAGAACAGAGAAAAGCGAGGGGACAGAGAAGUGAGCCGUGGACGGGGAAGUUCCAGCAGACGAGGAAGAGGGGGCAGCCGUGGUCGAGAGUUUAGAGCGGAAGAGAAUGGAAUGGAUAGCAGUCAAGGUGAUCGGCCUUCCGACCGUGGGAAGCGUGGCAGAGGGAGAGGGUUUGGACGUGGCAGAGGAAGAGGAGCAGGGAGGUUUUCAGCCCAAGGCAUGGGGACAUUUAACCCUGCAGAUUAUACAGAGUCUUCUGCCACAGAUGGGUUUGGAGCCAAACAAGAGGCUUGGGAGUCUGGACAGACAGAUGGAGAUGAUGGAACAGGAGCAUGGAAGAACUCAAUAGAGGAAUGGACAGCUGAAGACUGGAAUGAAGAUCUUUCAGAAACGAAAGUCUUCACUGCUUCAUCAGUUCCAGCUGAGAACCAUGUUGCUCCUGGCCAAAGUAUUGACCUGGUGACGUUGCUUCAGAAGCCUGUGACAUCUAGCCAAGAAACUGAGGCAAACUCCUUUGAGACACCCCAGCAACAAAGCUUUGGGCAGGCUUUGGUCUUCACAAACUCCCAACACAACUCUCAGAUGGCCUUGGGAGCCAGUAACACAAGUGCUGUGAACUCCUAUUCUCCACAGAGUCUGUCUUCAGUACUGUGUUCUGGAUUUGGAGAACUUGGUACUUCAAAACUGGCUAACUCCUCUGGAUCCCAGAUUUUAGAGCAGUUGAAAUCACCAGGUUUGGGCCAAUUUACCUCACAAGGUGCUCUCAGUACAAACUCCUCUGUUUCUACAACCACAACAGCAUCAUGGGAUGUUAAACCUUCCAUUUCCCAGCCAUCUAUGCUCACUCAAUUUGAUUUCAAAUCCCAGCCUGAGCCGUCCCCAGUUCUGAGUCAGUUGACACAGCGGCAGCAACAGCAGCAGCCGGCAUCUGCUGCUCCUCCUCCAGGAUUGGAAUCCUUCACCUCCCACAAAGCCAGAGAGUCUUCGCCGGUGGAUACCUCAAUAGCUGUUAGCAAAAUGUUACACCUCCCCAGCCUGUCUGUGGAUAGCCAGCCCACGCCUGCCCAUCAAACCCAGCAGAAACAGGUCAAGCCGCCCAAACGGAGGAUACCCCCAGUGUCUAAGAUCCCGUCGUCUGCUGUGGAGAUGCCUGGAUCUACUGAUGUGUCAGGGUUAAAUGUUCAGUUUGGAGCUCUUGAGUUUGGAUUGGAGCCUUCUCUCUCUGAGUUUGGAUCUGCUUCAAGCUUUGAGAACCAAGCACCCAACAACAUCCUGUACACAAAGCCCGUGAAUGAUCCUUUGAAUACCUCUUUGCCAAUGUCCAAUACAGUACAGGAGUCCACCUAUGCCACCCCUGCCAUCACAUCCGCCAGCCUCAGCUGCUCUUCCCAGAGCGCUAGUCCUGUAACAACUACUUCCUCCUACGACCAGGCCUCUGUGCACAGCAGGAUAACAUACCAAAGUUCCGUGCCUCCAACAGAACCAGCUCCCGCUGCUGUCACGAAUGGACAUGGAAGUGUCCGAACGCAGCCGGCCCUUGACACUACGUCAACAGUUCCAGCGUCUAAGACAGAAACCUCUCCUCCAUCGCUACCUGCCAAAGGCUCUUCCUUGCCUAGCACCACGGCUGCCCCUGCUUUGCUUCUCCCUUCGGCACCCCCGCAUACAGCUCCACUUCCCAGCUUGCCGCAGUCAAAUGACUUGGCCAGCAGCUCACUCACCCAGUUAAGCAGCUCCCUCUCUGAUCAUCAGAGCAGCCUCUCUUCUGCCUCAGCACUGUCUUCAUCUGCAGCACACUCGCAUGCUAGUGUUGAGAACUCCACUGUGCUCCCACCGUCCUCAACCUUUUCAGUCGCGGCAACCUUGGCCACCACUUCUUCAGUCUCCACCAUGACCAGCAGCAUGGCCAGCACUACCAACACCCUUGGCCUGAAUGCGACCGGUGUGUCUCUGCCAGCUCCCACCACCCGGGCAACUCCUUUAGUGUCUUCAGGCAAAGCACCCCCCAACCUGCCUCAAGGUGUGCCGCCCUUGUUACAUAACCAGUACAUUGUGGGACCUGGAGGACUUCUACCAGCCUACCCACAGAUUUAUGGUUAUGAUGAUCUCCAAAUGCUGCAGUCCAGGCUGCCUAUGGAUUACUAUGGAAUUACAUUCCCUGCUCCUGCAACCUUGACGGGUAGAGAGGGAAGCCUUGCUAACAAUCCUUACUCAGGUGAUGUAACAAAAUUUGGCCGUGGAGAUUCUGCCUCGCCUGCACCUACCACCACUCUGGCCCAACAGAACCAGACGCAGACCCACCACACGGCUCAGCAGCCCUUCCUCAACCCUACGCUGCCACCCGGAUACAGCUACACUGGGUUGCCCUAUUAUGCCGGCGUGCCAGGAGUCCCGAGUGCAUUCCAGUAUGGGCCCACCAUGUUUGUUCCUCCAGCGUCAGCCAAGCAGCAUAGUGUUGGCAUGAACACCGCCUCAACGCCUUUCCAGCAGGCGAGUGGCUAUGGGCAGCACAGCUACACAGCAGGUUACGAUGAACUAACACAGGGAACGGGAGCUGGAGAUUACACCAAGGGAGGGUAUGCAGGCUCCUCUCAAGCACAAAACAAGGCAACUGGCAGCGGACCAGGAAAAGGUGUUUCUGUGACCUCAAGUAACACAGGUGUGCCUGAUAUUAGUGGCUCAGUCUACAACAAGACUCAGACUUUUGACAAGCAGGGAUUCCAUGCUGGCACUCCGCCCCCGUUCAGCUUGCCAUCUGCCCUUGGCUCCACGGGGCCUCUGAAUCCUGGUGCUGCCCCUGGCUACGCUCCGGCUCCGUUCCUUCACAUUCUGCCAGCCCACCAGCAGCCUCAUUCCCAGAUGCUGCACCAUCAUCUUCAGCAGGAUGGACAGGGUGGAUCCGGGCAGCGCAGUCAGCCCAGCGCCAUGCAGCAGAAGUCUCAGGCUACUAAAACCGCCUACGGAACGUCUCCAUACUGGACGAACUAACUCCAGAUGUGGAAGAAGGGGGGAGGAGGGAGGGAGAGAAGACGGUGAGGAGCUGCUGGUGCCCAUUCUUGGACUCCCACAUCGGCCAGGAGAAGAUCUUCUGGGAAAGGAGGGGGGUAGGUCAGGGCGCCCCAUCUAAGAGCCCGGUAGCCCAUGUGGGGAGAAUGGCAGCUGCCCUCCUCUGUGCGUGUGACUCCUAGCCCGCUUCCUCUAUGAUUUGCUGUUGUAUGUAAUAUAUUUAUGUAUGUAUUUGUAAAUGUAAUAGAGCCUAACAGUGGUUUCUGCAAAAAAAAAUUUUUUUUGAAGAGUGUUUAUUUCCUUCCUUGUUGAAAGCUCUAACUUGACAGCUGCUCCAGCUCCUCUUUCAGACUCCAGGCUGCCGUUCUCUGGAUUUUUGUAGUUUUGAGGACUUCAUGCAUUUGUCAAAGGACAAAGUGUGCCAUUUUUUAAAAAAAAGUUUUGGAUCCAGAAACUUGCAAUUUAAAAUCAGUUCUUAGCUCAGGCAAAUGGUAAAUCUCCAAGAAGAGCGGAACAGAGUUCUUGAUCUUCUCCUAGUUUCUUAUGUGUAAUUUUUGUUGACUUCAAUAGUCUUAAGAGGUUUUCUCCUCUUUGUCCCAUUUCUGUCAUCAUGAGGAUUUAAUAUUCAUGGGUUGUUACCCAUGGCAGCAGCGUAGCUUUUUGUUUUCUUUUUCAUUAGGGAAGUUUAUAAAACAUUUGUUUUAUAAACAAAAGCAAUUCAUUUCUCUUCCCCACCCUUUCCAUUCCUUUUUGGUCCUAUACCCAGGACCAUUUAGCAUUCGCCAGUUGAUGGAAUUUUUUUAGCCAAAGGAUGUAAAAGUUGUAUUUUGUAAUUUUUCAUUCCCUUGGCCUGGGCCAUAUCCUACAUUGGGAUGACCAGAGUUGUCCGCUUUCACCCUGGUUCUUCCCCUCCCCUCCGUUUUGUGGAGGGUUUAAAAAAGGACACUGAUGGUGUGUGUUUCUGUAGGAAACUCCUCACUCUUCCUGCUCUACACCGCAAGGGAUGUUUUAGAAAUUUUCUUUUUAGCCCAAACUCCAUCUAAUAAAGUCCCAAAGGUAUCAA